CGUGACGUCACAUCGCCCAGCACAGGUCAAGAUGUCUCUGACGAGAUUUGCAGAAAGGAACACUAACAUGUCAAUGUUUUCCUGUGUUAGUCUUGAGAGUCUUGGUCUUACAAUAUACCCUGCAGCACUGAAAACUCUCUCAGAUGAACAGCUUGAUGCAGCAAUGCACAGAUACUUCCUGGCAAGCUCAGAUAGUUGAGGUAGUGUUUUCAUAUGUUUUCCACCAGCAAAAGUGGAUCCUCUUCUGCACUGACUUCUGGUAUCUGGCUGUACACCAAAAACUCACCAUUUAAUUUAUCACUUGCAGAAAGUAUUGCUUGACUUGAGGUAGCACCAUCUUUUUCUUUCUUUUGUCCUUGUAUGCUGGAAAGAAGCUGCUUAAUAUCAGUCUUCGAUUUUUUUGAUGGCCUGCUUUGACUUGACCCUUCUUCAUCAGACAUAGGAGUAACAUCCCUGUGGUCGAGUUUCCUCACCUGAUCCAGGAGACUUUGUUUGACUUCAUACUUAAUUAAAACAAAACUGUCUUUAAAGGGUCAUGAAAUCCUCUUUCAGCUCAAGUCCAUCUCACAACCGUUUUGAAAAAUGCAGCUCAAUUGGUCGUGGACAGAACAAGGGCCCCUCCUUCCCCUAGUGGGUGGGGUGGGGCAGGGGAGCAACAUGCCGGCUCUUACUAAAUAUCAGGAUAAAGUAUGACAAAUUGUAAUUUUGUAUAGCUGGCAAAGUUAAUGUCUAGCAAAAUAUGUUGAACGCCAUCUGUUUUUUCCUUUUAAGGAUCACAACAUCGCCUUUUUCAGCACAGUUGAGUUCUCAAAACAUUUUCAAAAGAUACAGCCAUCGGAGUGAGGGAAGAAGGAACACAACUGUCUGAUCUAAUCACUCAGCAUUAUUUCACUAAUGCAGUUAAAAGCAUCAAAGAUUCUCACAAUUGCUCAUCACAGAAUGCACAAAUAAAGUAUACACUGUUUUGUAAGCUCACAAUACAGUACACAGAAUCACACUGGUCAUUUUAGAUCUGUAAUUUAAUGCACAAGUAAAUGCCAAGCCAUAUGUACUCUGUAUUAAAAAUAUGUUUUUUGUUUGUUUUUUUACACUUAAAUAACUUUUGAGACUUAUUCCUAGACAUUGAUUCACAAAUAUAAGUGCUUAGAUUGGUUAAAACACAUUAAGGAUGGAUGGAUUGACAGGGUUUGUGUGUCUGGGACAAUCAAUGUAAACCACGUCUCAAAUGAGCCCCUGUCAGAGACAGUCCACCUCACCGCAUAUCUCAAAACACUCAUGUUAAUAAAUGCAUGCUGCAUGAACAUUUAAAAGGUUUUGUCAGUGAUUGAAAGACUAUCCCUCUGUCAGCAGCAUGCGGUGGGGGGUGACUCGCGUUGGUACUAUCAACUCUGUCAACUGAAACUAGGCUCUUGAGAGUUUGAAGCGCUGGUCACGUGGUUUAAUGAAUAAUCAUGAGACAGCCUGUUCACAUAGGAUAAGGCCACGCUGUCUCAUUAAUAUUUUUGAGACACUGAUGACAUGACAAUGCACUAUAGUACAGGGACACAUCACAUCGUGUGAUAUUGACUCGGUUGAUUUUAAACCCGGAAGAAUAAAAUAGCACAAAAAAAAUCCCUAAAUUAACCACUUUCGUCUUAAAAUUAAAAAUAAUGGAUACUUUGUCUUCUAUCAUGUGUAAUAUACAUAUCUGGUAACAUCUCAGAAAAUGUAUUUAGUGUUUCAUGACCCUUUAAACCUUGGCUCAAGGUAAAUUACAGUGUUCAAAAGAAGCUGCAACUGCAUGUCUUCAUUACGAUGCUUAAGAUCUUCAGUUAUCUUAUCCUUCAUCUAUUGGGCUAAAGCAGUCACUCUGUUCAUGACAAUAUUCAAAUAUCUUCCAAAUUAAUGGCAAUACUGAGGACAGUGUGGUAUGUUUCUCACCACUAAGUGCAUCAGUGAAAGGACUGAGUGGCUCAAGAACUGCUUUCACCGUUCCUAAAACUGUAAUAUCAGAGUCUUUUGGCAUCCGAUGCCAUUUCUUCUGGUCUUCAGCAAGCACAGCACACACAGCUCCAAAAACGUUCCACCAUAUCAUAAUAUGAAUUCCAACAAGUGGGUUUGUCAUAUAUCAGUUUAUGGUCUGGAAGGACAGGUCUUUCUGCUUUUUGGCCAGCUGGCAUGAAAGCUUUUGUGAUUUGGUGAAUGCAGAUAUUGUUUUUCAAAGCCUUGACAGUGCUGUGGACAUCAUGUUUAUUUUUAAUUAAUUUAUUUAUCACACAUUAUACAUUUGCACAUAUACAGUGAAAUUCUUUUUUUCAGAGCGCAGGGUCAGCCAUGAUACUGGAGCAGAUAGUGUCAGGAGCCUUGCUCAAGGGCCCAACAGUGGCAUCUUGGCAAUGCUGGGGCUUGAACCCCCAACCUUCUGAUCAGUAACCCAAAGCCUUAACCGCUGAACCACCACUGCCCCUCUGUUUAAUUCAAUUGCUUUGUUCACAGCAAGGUGGCGAUUGUGCUCAAAACAAGGAAUCCACAUAUAGUCCUGAAAGGCAUUCUUGUCUGUGGCAUUAUCUGUUGUGAUGCCUGCUAUCUUUGCAAUUUCCAACUUCCAUUCUUCAAUUUUCUCCUCAAAGGCCUCCUUCAAACUCUCAGCAGUGUGAUUUGUAUUUAGCCCACAACAGCCUAGACACCAGGACUGCAACUCCCAAGAUUCAGUUAUGUACUGCAGAGUUACAGACAUGAAAUUGUCUGCAGCUCUACUUGUCCACAGAUCAGUUGUACAACUAUAGAAUGGUUUCUCUCUGAGAUGCUGGAUUAUGAUGUCUCUGGUUUCAUUAUAGAUGUGAGGAAUCUCGGUGUACAUGAAAUAAUUUCGACUUUGAAGCUGGUACUUGGGUUUGAACUGUUGAAGCAUUUGCUGGAAUCCACAUAUUUCAACUGUAUAGACAGAAACUUGAUCCAUACACAUGAAUUCUGCAGCAGCUCAAUUCAGUUUUCUUGCUUCAGCUGAAAUUUUGUCAUAUUUUACUUGCCACUGAAAAGCUUCAGCAACUAUUGGCUGUGUAUAUGCUUGCUGGAGUCUUUCAUGUUCAGCAUGCUCCUCAGGCUGAUGCUGUAAAAAGAAAAUGGAUAUUUCAGAAAUAAUAAUAAUAGUAAGGUUAUAUGCAGUUUUACAUCACUGGCCCCAGUUGAAAUUUAAUUUUUAAAUAAUACAGUAACUGUGCUUUUAUAAUACAUUUAGAUGAGAUAAUAUUCAUUAACAUGUUUGAUUACAAAGUGAUGUAUAGAUUUAAUCAAAGAGAAAAAAGCCAUACAGUAUAAUACCAAAUUGUCAUUAUCACGAGAUAAUUUUGCAAAAAAAAAAAAAAAUGUGGAAUCUAAAAAUUCUUGAAAAAAAGACCAUAUCUGAAGUUGUGCGUAAACAUCAAGCGAACUAAACUCGGAGCAGAUGACUGAGGGUGCUUUCACACUAGCACUUUCAGUGAGUACCUGAGUUUGAAUGACAUCAAAGUUCAGUUUGUUUGGGUGCUGUGAAUGCUGUUUUCCGAACUCUAGUGCGCACCUGCGAACCGCACCUGAGUCCACUUGACAAGGUGGUCUGGGGUACGUUCAUGUGAAAUCUGGUGCGGUUCGCUGCUAAUAUGAAUGCAGUCGUACCAAAUCGCAGAAGUGAACCCUUAUUGAUGAUGUAUAAUUCGUGUCUUUGCUGGCUCUUGAUCGCAAUUAUUAUUGUUUAAUUAAUUUCUCAGACCAGCUUGUGUCCAAAUAUAUCACCUUCAGAGAGCAGCUCACGUUCUUCACUCUCGCAUCUGCUGGCUUAGGGCAGACAAACGCUAAUAUUCUUCACAUCAUUGCACAUUCAAUGCAUCCAUGGCAGACAAAGAUAAUUGUCAUUUUGUGCAUGUAAAGUUUUGGUGGUAAAUCCAAAGAGAUGAAUACUUCAAUAACACAGCGAAGCUGAGUUAUUGCCUAGUUAGAGUGGUAAACAGCUGCCGCUUGUACUCACGUUGAUGACAUAAUCUGACCGCGGUUCGGACCCAAAAAAUAUGAUGUGAACAGAGACCGGCAGGGGGAGUAAAUGAACUCUUGUUUAGUCCAAGCAAUCGAACCAAGUGUGAACACCCAUAGAGAUAAUUUUUAGCGCUCAAAAAUAAAGCAAAAUUCUUGCACAUUGUUGAAAAGAGUGAAAACUCUUUAAAUUGGGGCUUUUUAAAAUGUGCUUGUGCUGCACGCACGAGUGGCAAAGCACCAUUGAACGUAAAUAUACUUCCACUACACACAAAUUUCAGUUAAAUAGGUCAUCUAAAAUCCUGUGAUGUAUGAAAUUAGUUUACCCCAUUGUGUCCUCUCCUUUUGUUUAACCCAGUAUUAGGUAUUAAAGCAGUACAAAGUUGAUAAGGAUUUGUGACUGUUAGUUUUAGACGAGCGGAUGCUAACCAUAAAGUACGUAAACGGUGAUGUUCUUGCAAUUUAACUCUCGACAUAAAACAUGAUGUGACAUUCAUAAUGCAAAUGAUAACAUGCAUUGAAACUCACCUGCUUGAACUCCUCGAAUAAAUAUGGGUGUCUGUUUUUAAGGUGCUUUAAUAAGUUUGAUAUGUUCCCUCCUUUUGUCUGAAAUUCGAUGGCACCGUUUGCAAAUGUUUUUUUUUGUGAUCGAUGUUCCUUUUGUCAUCUGCCUCAAACCCAAAGUAUGUCCAUAUGUGGCUCUUUCCAACUUUCUUGUCGACAAGCUUUGGUGGAGCCCCCGCAGCAGAAGCUACACUGAUUGUUGCCAUGUCGUCAUCUUGUGCUUUUUUCUCCCAGCACCCACCCAGCUGUCACAGGACCAGCUGGAGGCAGAGGAGAGGUCCCGAUCCACUGCUCUAAUCUCCACCUGCAGAGAACCUCCUCCCUAUGGCUUCAGGAAAUCAUGGGUACCACGCUCUCUAGAGGACUUUGGAGAUGGUGGCGCUUUUCCAGAGAUCCAUGUGGCUCAGUAUCCUCUGGAAAUGGGCAGGAAGAAGAGGACUUCCAAUGCUCUGGCCGUGCAGGUGGAUGCUGAGGGCAAGAUCAAAUAUGAUGCCAUUGCCAGGCAAGGUCAAAGCAAAGACAAGGUCAUAUUUAGUAAAUACACAGACAUGCUUCCUAAAGAAGUGCUAAAUGAGGAUGCUCCUGGGCUGCAGAGACCAGAUGAAGAGGCAGUGCAAGAGCUUACAGAAAAGACCAGAGCAGCUCUGGAGAAACAGGUGUCACAGAAAAUUGCAGCUGCCAUGCCUGUGCGUGCUGCAGACAAACAGGCCCCAGCGCAAUACAUUCGGUACACACCCUCCCAGCAAGGACUUGCGUUUAACUCCGGAGCCAAACAGAGGGUCAUCCGUAUGGUGGAAAUGCAGAAAGAUCCCAUGGAACCCCCACGCUUCAAAAUCAAUAAGAAGAUCCCCCGUGGACCUCCAUCGCCUCCUGCUCCUGUCAUGCACUCUCCAAGCAGAAAAAUGACCGUGAAAGAACAGCAGGAGUGGAAGAUUCCUCCCUGUAUUUCCAACUGGAAGAACGCAAAGGGUUACACCAUCCCACUGGACAAGCGUUUGGCGGCUGACGGACGAGGCCUGCAGACCGUUCACAUCAAUGAGAACUUUGCCAAGCUGGCUGAGGCUCUGUACAUCGCAGACAGAAAGGCCAGAGAGGCUGUGGAGAUGAGAGCUCAAGUGGAAAAGAAGAUGGCCCAGAAGGAGAAGGAAAAGAAAGAGGAAAAAUUGAGAGAGUUGGCUAAGAUGGCCCGAGACAGGAGAGCUGGAAUCAAAGCUCAUGGUGACAAAGGUGGAGAAGAGACAGAGGUCAGCGAGCGUGAUGAGAUCCGUAACGAGAGGAGGAAAGCGAGGCAGCAUGACAGGAACAUCUCCAGAGCUGCGCCUGAUAAGAGGUCAAAGCUGCAGAGAGAUCAGGACAGAGACAUAAGUGAGGCCAUUGCUCUGGGCCAGCCGAACCCCCGUACUUCCAGUGAGGCUCAGUAUGACCAGAGACUCUUUAAUCAGAGCAAGGGAAUGGACAGUGGUUUCGCAGGCGGCGAGGAUGAGACAUAUAAUGUGUAUGAUCAGCCAUUUAGAGGCGGUAGAGACAUGGCACAAAGUAUUUACAGGCCUAGUAAGAAUGCUGAUAAGGACAUGUACGGAGAUGACUUGGACACACUCAUGCAGAGCAGCAGGUUUGUUCCUGAUCGUGAAUUCUCAGGUGCUGAUCACGGGCCGCGCCGGGACGGGCCUGUGAUGUUUGAGGAGGAUCCUUUCGGUCUGGACAAGUUCUUGGAGGAGGCCAAACAGCACGGAGGCUCCAAAAGGGCAUCCACUAGUGGGCGCUCUAAGGACUAUGACCACGAGAAGAAGCGCAGGAAGGAGUGAGGAACAUUUCCUGCGUCCACAGUUGCAGGGUCAAAGCCCAACCCUUUUUUAUUGUAAAAUGAUUGCUAAAAGUUAUCUGGUAUAUCUUUUUAUAAUUAUUUUCUCCCUUUUAAGUCUAGUUGUUUAGCAUUUUCCUUCAAUCGUGCUUUCUUUGAUAACUCUCAAAGUGUCAAGCUUGAACUUUUGUGCGGUAAAGUCACCUAAUAAAUUUCUUGGAUUACA